AGGUCCAUGCGACCCGCAUAGUCAAGCAAAGGGGUGUCAGGAUGAUUGCGAGCGCAAAUGGCGACUUCCGCAAACUGCAAGCCAACACACAACUCAGUGGCCUGUUGGGCCGUACGGCUGAUGUGAUACUGCCAAAGGGUGUACACAAGACCUGCCGCGUAGAAUCGCCUACGUUGGAUUUGGUGGUGGAGUUGAAAGCAGGUGUCCACGAUGAAUGUGUUGUUAUACACAACACCGCAGAUGCCGUUGAUAAUAUUUUAAACGAACAAAGGUAUAGGGUUGAACGAAGGUACAGGUGUCGAGAAACUGGGAAUAUAAGAAUUAAACUAGAGAUGCACUAGGAUAUAAUUGAGAAUUAUGGAGAGGUCUCAAGGAAAUCUAAUUCAUGCCAAGUACAAAUCGGCUGCACCUGUGGGGUGAGAGUAACUCGUGAGGUUCACUUCAAAGUAGCUGCAUAGAUGCUUGAAGGUGAAAUCUGAAGCUGCUGCCAGAGAAUCUUGUAGACUAUACACGAUCACAACCAAGUGUUAAUUAUAAAGGUUCUAGCCUUAUUAGUGUCGAUUUGUCAUUGAACCCACCUUUAUUCAUGCUUUCGGCUAGGUCGUAAACAUGGCACUCCUGUGUGUCAUACCGUGCGCGUUGUGCGAUGAUAUGUACUCGCUAUAUUAUAUCCGUGUGUGACAAGCUUGGUGUUUUUCUCCGGGGUGCCCCGCUCACCUUCGUCUAUAAUUACAAUCUGCCAAAUGGAUUUCUGUCACACUUUCAGACACAUUUCGUAUGAAACGACAUAGUAGUUCGAGCGUAUCUCCCAGAUUAAUUUUAACCAAGAAUUGGAAUCGUGUACCACGCCCGCAUGUACUGUUUCACGCUAGCACAAAAAAUAUAUUAGUAAUAUAUUUGAAUACGCCAAUUGUGGUACAGAAUCUACAUAUAACUAAUGUUUAAGAGUAUACAAACUUCUUUCUUUUCUUCACUUGUGAAGGCUGUAAUUAUGGUACGCUUCUACUUUACUUGAAAAUAGGCAUAGUCUUC